AAUCUUUUUAGGGAAUAUAUUUUAGUUGGCAAUAUUUAAAGUCUUUGACAGCAUUAAAAUUAUUUAAAAUCAAAAUGGAGGAGGUUGUUACGGCUAGCAUAUUCUGCAUUUUUUAUCUUAUUUUCCUAUACGGCAGACUAUAUUAGUGAUAGUCUUGUGGUGUUACAUUUUAGCUAACAUAUUUUCGCCACCUUAUAUAAUAUCAAAACAAUGGAGGGUCUUACGGCAAUAAUAAUUUGUCUUGUUUUUCACUUGUAUUAUAACUAUUUUAGCAAUAGAUAAUCAAUCACUUUGUAGCUAUAAUUUAGGCAGUGUAUUUUGUUAUAAAUUGCAUAAAACAUUAGGUUUUGCACAAGCCAUUUCGGAUUUUACGCAAGCCAUUUCGGAUUUUACGCGUGCAAUUUAGACCUGAAAAAAUUUAAGAUGCUUCCUUUGCAGGUCCAACCAGAACUACAGUUUGGGCUGGAAUUACGCUUUAGUUAUUUUUGUAGACUUUCAAGCCUUGCUUAUAAAUGUUUUGUACAAGUGAAGUGACUUUGGGAUCAGAUUGAGCUAAGUUUGCAAUUAACAAAAAAAUUUGUGAUUUAUAUCCCCCUCUAACACCAGCUUACUUUUUGUUAAAAAACAAUUUAUAUGCUGCUAUACAUGGUUAUGUUUUAGACAAAAUGAAACUACUCACACAUAAUAUGCUAACAUGCAAUAUUAAAGGCGUCAAAAAUGGAUUUCCUUUCAAGAUCGAGGCUGUUGAUGUGCAAUUAAAAGAGGCUGAUUUUAAUGCAGAUUUUCUUACGCGACUUAUUCACAAGCUGGAAUGGAAAGCGCUUGUUGAAACAGCGCAUGCACUAGGACAUGGAAAAAAUUUACCGUUAGAAAUUGCUGGUAAGGAGAAUGAACUUUGUAAAAAUGAAGAAUUUUUGAAAGAUGUUCAUCAUGUCCUUAUGGAAGUUGAGGUUAUGGAAGGCAAUCUUAUUUGCCCAGAGACAGGUCGUAAAUUCCCUAUAAGUAAAGGUAUACCUAAUAUGUUGCUGAAAGAAGAUGAAGUUUAAAGAGAAUUGGAUGCAAAAGUUUCAUAACAAGUCAUUAAAGUGUUUGUUUAUGUAAAAGGACUGAUAUUUGUUUUGCCUUGUUAUUUUUAUUAAAUACCAAACCAAAGUGUUGUGUAUUUCUUUUUAUCUGAAUGUGUUUAUCAUGUGACAAGUGUAUAUUUUA